AUGACAAGAGAUAUUUCAAAUCAUUUAUUAUUUGAAGUUGCUACCGAAGUGGCUCAUAAAGUUGGUGGGAUUUAUUCAGUAUUAAAAUCCAAAGCUCCUAUUACUGUUGCUGAAUAUAGAGAAAGAUAUACAUUAUUAGGACCUUUAAACUAUGAAUCGGCUCAAAUUGAAGUUGAAGAAUUACCUGUUAAGGAUACUAAGAUCAUGGCAGCUUUACAAAGUAUGAGUGAUAGAGGUAUUCGUUGGCUUUAUGGUAGAUGGUUAAUUGAAGGAGCUCCAAGAGUUUUAUUGUUCGAUAUUCAUUCGGCUGCUGGUAAUUUACACGAAUGGAAAGCAGAUUUAUGGAAUAUUGCUGGAAUUCCAGCACCUGAUCAUGAUCAAGAAUCAAAUGAUGCUAUUUUAUUAGGUUAUUUGGUAGCCUGGUUCUUGGGAGAAUUGGUUUAUCAUGAUAGGGAAAGAGCAGUUAUUUGUCAAUGUCAUGAAUGGUUAGCAGGGGUUGCUUUACCCCUUUGUAGAGCUAGAAAGUUAGAUAUUUGUACUAUUUUUACCACUCAUGCUACUUUAUUAGGUAGAUAUUUAUGUGCUGGAUCAACAGAUUUUUAUAAUAAUUUAGCUAAUUUUGAUGUUGAUGCUGAAGCUGGGAAAAGAGGUAUUUAUCAUAGAUAUUGUAUUGAAAGAUCAGCUGCUCAUACUGCUGAUGUUUUCACCACAGUUAGUCAUAUUACUGCUUUUGAAUCAGAACAUUUAUUGAAAAGAAAACCUGAUGGUGUUUUACCAAAUGGUUUAAAUGUUGUUAAAUUUCAAGCAGUUCAUGAAUUUCAAAAUUUACAUGCUAUUAAAAAGGCAAAAAUUAAUGAAUUCGUUAAAGGUCAUUUUUAUGGUAAUUAUGAUUUCGAUUUAGAUAAUACUCUUUAUUUCUUUAUUGCUGGAAGAUAUGAAUUCAGAAAUAAAGGAUGUGAUUUUUUCAUUGAAAGUUUAGCAAGAUUAAAUCAUAGAUUAAAAGAAUCAGGUUCAAAAAUGACUGUAGUUGCAUUCAUCAUUAUGCCAGGUAAAACUCAAAGUUAUACUGUUGAAACUUUAAAAGGUCAAGCAGUUAUUAAACAAUUAGAAAAUACUAUUGAAGAAGUACAAAAGAAAGUGGGUGAAAGAUUAUUUGAACAUUGUGCCAGAUUCCCAAAUACUCAUAAUACUCAUAAUACUGGAGGUAAUGAAGUUCCAUCAAUUGAUGAAUUAAUCAAACCUGCUGAUAGGGUUUUAUUGAAAAGAAGAAUUUUUGCUUUAAAAAGAGAUGGUUUACCACCAAUUGUUACUCAUAAUGUUAUUGAUGAUGCCAGUGAUCCAGUUUUAAAUCAAAUUAGAAGAGUUCAAUUAUUCAAUAAACCUGAAGAUAGAGUUAAAAUCAUUUUCCAUCCAGAAUUCUUGAAUGCUAACAACCCUAUUUUAUCAUUAGAUUAUGAUGAGUUUGUUAGAGGUUGUCAUUUAGGUGUUUUCCCAUCAUAUUAUGAACCUUGGGGUUAUACCCCAGCUGAAUGUACCGUUAUGGGGGUACCAUCAAUUACUACCAAUUUAUCAGGAUUUGGUUGUUAUAUGGAAGAUUUAAUUGAAAAUACUAGUGAUUAUGGUAUUUAUAUUGUUGAUAGAAGAAUGAAAUCUGUUGACGAAUCAAUCAAUCAAUUAACUGACCAAAUGUUUGAUUUCACUCAAAAAACCAGAAGACAAAGAAUCAAUCAAAGAAACAGAACUGAAAGAUUGAGUGAUUUAUUGGAUUGGAAGAGAAUGGGCUUAGAAUAUAUCAAAGCUAGACAAUUAUCUUUGAAGAGAGCAUAUCCUGAUAAAUUCAAAAAUGGUGCCAAUCCUUUCCAACAAAAUAAUUCUAAUUUGAAAUUAACUAGACCUUUAUCAGUUCCUGGAAGUCCAAGAAGUAAAAUUGGUAUUAUGACACCAGGUGAUUUAGGUUCUUUACAAGAUGCCAAUCAAGGAUUAAAUGAAGAUUAUAUUGGGUUCAAAUUAGCUAAUCAUAAUAACAAUGUUGAUGGUGGUGAUAAUGAUGAUAAAGAUCAUUAUCCUUUAACUUUAAGAGGUACCUCAGCUCCUCCUCAAGAUGAGGAAUAA